CAGGGCUCUGCCUCCUCAGCUACAGAGGCAGUUGAGCAGAGCGCUGCGCGACACGCGGGGCGCACGGCACAAACUCUGGCUAGCGGCUGCACUUACGGGCUCAUCUCACACCAGCCCGCUCCCUUGCUCCCUUCUCUCUUGAAGAAAAACCUGCUUGUCAUCAUCCUGUUUGGAAAUAGUCAACAUCAUUAGAGGAGGAGCAAACGGUGCUUCAGUGACGUUUUGUUCUCAAGGCAGAACAGAGUGCUUGUCUUGUUCUGUCAGAAAAUAAAAACACUGAUAUACCCGAAAUUCAGCUUGCAUUUCAUAUUUGGCUUCCCUGCCAGAAUUUUAUGUUUUGUUUUUUAACCAAUUAGAAACACAUACUGUCACAUUUUGUACUUUUGAAAAAAAAAACUAACAAAAUUAGUUUCUGCUAAGCAUGGUUAUUAUGGAUUUCACAAUGUAACAUUAAGACAGUGAAUUAGUAUACAGUCUAAAGAAAUGGAUACUUCAGUAUGUAGUGCACUAGAUAAAAAAGUGGCACCUGCUUUCUCAGCAAGGAGUAAAAAUAGAAAGCAUGCUUUAAACAGCAGUAGUAAAAGUACCCAAGUCAUCAAAGAAGUAUCAGAUGAAGCUUUGACAGAAACAUGUUUCUCAGAGCCUGAUUUGCAGUGCCGUGGUUCCUUGCCCUCUUUUCUCUCACAUUCUCCCAAAUUACUGAUAUCUUGCAGUUGUCAUACAAAGGACGUCUGGGAGAGAAAAACUGGAGCAUCAAGUUCCAUCUUAGGAUUUCACAGUAUUUAUGGCUCUCACUCUACUCAAGGUCACUAUCCAGAUAGUUUCCGUUGUAACCAGCUGUGCCAGACAUGUGAUCCACUGGUAUCAGAGAGUGUCUUCUUGGAUACCAACAUUCCCACAAAACACGACAGCACAAAUCUGGAAGAUGAGCUACAGUCGCAAAUGGAAAGCUGUUCUUCACUUUUUCAAGGCACAGUUGAUGAUGGUUGUGCCAAUGAAACUGGUGUUACUUCACGCUCAAAUGAUAAUACAGAAAAGAAAAAGAUGGUGCCCUGUCAGUAUUGCAAAAACAGAGGCAGGGAACAGCAGUGCCAUUUACUUAAGUCAUGUAGACUCCUUGCUUCUGAAACUGAUAUGAACUGUUCUGGCAGUUGCAGCACAAUGGAUGUUACAGGAAGUCACCAAAGUCAGGAUUUGAUAUGUCAUAGAACUUCUUGGAUUAAAACUGGGAAUUUAAUUUUGGAAAGGACAAGUAAAAAAAAUAAAAUUAAAUAUUCACCUAAUGGUUUUGGUGUCAAGUUUUGUCAAGAUAGAACAGAUUAUAGGAUACCAGACAAUACUCCAUUCCAUGUUACUGAGCAGUGGACUGAGAAUGGCAUUGUUCAGAGCAAAAAAGACCGCUCAACUAUGUUGAUAAGGAGGUUUUACAAAAAUAACAGGGAAGUGAAAAAGUCUGUUUACACUGGCACCAGAGCAAUAAUAGCAGCUCUUCCUUCUGGCCAUAUUGGAGAAGAUGCCCUCAGUACUUUUUACAGAAAACCACAAAAUGAAUAUGAAAAACAUUCUGUAUCACCGAUGGAAUGCUUUGGUCUUCUCCAAUGUACUAAUCUUCAGUCAUGCAGUGUGUUUAAUUUUAUUGUCAAAUUAGUACACUCCAAGAUCCACAAUGCUUUGAGACAUAAAGAGGGAGAAAGGACCCUUAACAACCUGCUGCAUCCUUCCAGAAAAUUCUUUGUCUCAGGGGCAGCUUAUAGAAGAGGUGACAACAUCUGCCAUAUAAAGUCACGUAUCCAUGAUGCUUCAUAUAACUACCGUGUGACACUCCACAGAACAUCUCUGUCUUGUUUUAUGCAUGGUGCACUGCUAGAGGCAACCACAUCUCUUGGAGCAAGAAGUGGACUACUAAACAUAAUUGGAGGUUCAACUGGCAGACUAGUGCUCAAAGAUCGUCAGUUGUACUCAACCAUGGCAGGUUCAAAUGCUGUACCAUCAAAUGUAGCAGGAAUCAGUAAAGAACUUGUGGAUUUAAGGCAUCUGAUCCAGUUUCCUGAAGAGAUUGCCAGCAUUCUGACAGAACAAGAGCAAGAACUGUACCGCAGAGUUCUUCCUAUUGAUUACCUUUGCUUCUUAACUAAGGAUCUGAGCAGUCUAGAUUGUCAGCACAGGCAGUCUCUUCUUAAAAUGUCCGUGGCUGCACCUGCCUUCUCUGAAAAUAGCAUCAGCAGCAAUACCAUUGAAGAUCUUGUUGCACGCUUUAAUGAGGUAAGCACUUGGGUAACAUGGCUGAUUCUCACUGCUGGCUCCAUGGAAGAGAAGCGAGAAGUCUUUUCUUAUCUUGUUCAUGUAGCAAAGUGCUGUUGGAAUAUGGGAAACUACAAUGCUGUGAUGGAGUUCCUUGCAGGUCUGAGGUCUCGAAAAGUGCUUAAAAUGUGGCAGUUUAUGGAUCAGUCAGACAUUGAAACUAUGAGAAGUCUAAAGGAUGCAAUGGCACAACAUGAAUCUUCUGCAGAAUAUAGGAAGCUAGUGAACAGGGCCCUUAACAUCCCAGGCUGUAAAGUUGUGCCUUUCUGUGGUGUUUUCCUCAAGGAGCUUUGUGAUGCUCUUGAUGGAGGGGCAAGCCUCAUGAAAUUGCACCCUGGAUUCAUCUCUGAAGAUGAAACAAUUGAGUUCGUCGCAGAUUACAAUGGCAGGAUAACUUCCUACUGCGAGUCGGCAAGGAGGGGUCUAAACAAUACUGAAAAAGAAAGUACAGUUAGCAAUAUACUGCAGACGAUUCGCAGCUGCAACCGGAGUCUGGAGUCUGAAGACGGAGAGGAGACAAUUAGUGACAGUACUGGAUCACGCAAAAACUCCUUUAAAGACAAGAACAAAUUCCAAUUUGUAGUUGGAGACCUCUCAGAUUCAGAAGGAGAUUUAUUUGAGCAGACCAAGGAUAUGGAUUUUCAAGGAACAGAAGAACAACAGAAGGCUUUCCACCAUGAUACUGAACUUAUCCCUUGGUAUGUUUUAUCUAUUAAGCCUGAUGUCCACCAGUUUUUACUCCAAGGGUCUACAGUCAUUCAUUUUGACCAAGAAACUCAUCUCUCUGCUCGCUGCUUGUUAAAGUUACAGCCUGAUAACUGUUUUUUAACCUGGUCUAAGUCAGCAAAUUGUUGUCCAUCAAAUAUUAAAAUGAAGAUGUUUUACCGAGGUAACAGUGGUGAACUUAGCUUUUGUAAGUUGCAGUUUUGUGGACAAGUAGGACUAAAUGGACUCUCUGAUGGGUUCUUGGACUUAUAUGCAGUAAAAGCCGUAUAUAUGGGCCAUCCAGGAAUUGAUAUGCAUGCUGUUUGCAUUCAAAACAAACUAUGUAAUAUGUCAUUGGAAGAGAAUGGGAUCACAUUACUGUAUGGUGUGCAUACUACUGAUAAUAAGCUGCUGCACAUUGUGGCUCCAGCUUAUACUGCCAAAAUGCUUUAUGAUGGACUGCAACAAUUGGUUUCUGCUGUGAGAAAAGUGAAGAAAUUUCCUGAUCAGAGGCUUCAGUGGCUGAGAAGACAGUACAUCAGUUUAUAUCAGGAGGAUGGUAAAUAUGAGGGGCAAACACUAGCUCAAGCCAUUGAAUUAUUUGGAGGUAGGCGAUGGAAUUCAGGCAAUUCAAAUACAGGAACAAUGACCAAAGUUGUUGAGAAGCCUGCAGUACAGAGGAACAGUACACUUGGAAUCAACUCAACUAAAAGAAAAAGAAAGUCUUUUAUGAGGGGAGAUAGUGGAGAUGCUACAGAUGAUGAGAUGGUGCCUCGAAAACCAAAAACAUAUAAAGAAACCCGUAUUAGGAGUGGCUCUGACCCUCCAGAGUUUGUAGAGCAAGAAGAAUCUGGUAUUGAUUGGUUUUUACUGGAGUCAGCACCCUACCCAUCAAGAAAAUCUCAAUCUCUGGCUGUCUCUAGCUCCUCUAGUUUAGCUUUGACGUGUCCAGUCAGACCUGCUUCCUCUCCAGUACUAUCACAGUCUAAUAAAGGCCAAUCAUACACAUGGAGCAGUCGAAGCUGGCAUGGCCGCAGUAAAGGCUUAAAGGUUUUUCAAAACUUAAUGAUCUCAGAUAGUAACAUGAGUUUCACAGAAUUUGUGGAGCUCUUCAAAUCUUUUAGUAUUCGAAGCCGGAAAGAUCUUAAGGAUCUAUUUGAUAUUUAUGCUUUGCCAUAUAAUCGCCUGGGAUUUGAAGCCACUCCUCUCUAUACCAAAUUUGUCAAUAGAUGAUAAUAUCUGUGGCCUGCACCAGACUUAGACCUUCUCACUCGUAAUGGGUCCGAUCUUGGACUGUUUAUAAGAAGCAGACAACAAAUGUCUGAUAGUCAAAGACAGAUCUCUGAUGCAAUAGCAGCUGCUAGUAUUGUAACUAAUGGAACUGGAGUUGAAAGCACAACAUUGGGAGUACUAGGAAUGGCCAUUCAACAGCUGAAUGAUUUCCUUGUGAACUGUCAAGGAGAACAUCAUACUUAUGAUGAAAUUCUUAGUAUAAUCCAGAAGUUUGAGCCGUCCUUGAGUAUGCGCCAACAAGGAUGGAUGUCAUUUGAAGGGUUUGCAAGAUUUCUGAUGGACAAGGACAAUUUUGCAUCAAAAAAUGAAGAAUCUCAGAUGAACUUGGAAGAUUUACAGUAUCCAUUGUCAUAUUAUUAUAUAGAAUCAUCACAUAAUACAUAUCUCACAAGUCAUCAGCUUAAGGGAGAAUCUUCUGUGGAGCUUUACAGUCAGGUGCUUAUACAAGGUUGUAGAAGUGUAGAGUUGGAUUGCUGGGAUGGAGAUGAUGGCAUGCCUGUCAUAUACCACGGACAUACACUUACUACAAAAAUUUCAUUUAAGGAUGUCGUGGAAGCUGUCAAUCGAAGUGCAUUUAUCAAUUCAGACCUGCCAGUUAUUUUGUCAAUUGAGAAUCACUGUUCCUUGCCUCAGCAGCGCAAGAUGGCCGAAAUAUUUAAGAAUGUUUUUGGUGAAAAACUGGUGACCAAGUUUUUAUUUGAGAGUGACUUCUCAGAUGAUCCGCUUUUGCCAUCACCAUUGCAACUGAAGGGUAAAAUUCUAUUGAAAAAUAAGAAAUUGAAAGCACACCAAGCUCCUGUUGAUAUACUGAAACAAAAGGCUCAUCAACUUGCUUUUAUGCAGGCUCAAGUUAGCAAUGGCAGCCCAGCAACUAAUUCACUGACUAACAAUGAAGAAGAUGAGGAUGAAGAAGAUGAAUAUGAUUACGAUUAUGAAUCAUUGUCUGAUGACAACAUUCUUGAUGAUCGAUCAGAGGGAAGAUCAUCAAAUGAUCGUUUUCAAUUUGAAUACAAUGAAGAGACUCCCAAAAAAAUCAAGAAAGCAGACAAUAACAACAAGGGAAAGAUUUUUGACAUGGAACUUGGUGAAGAAUUUUAUCUUCAAAACAAGAAGGAAAAUCGUCAAAUAGCUCAAGAACUCUCUGAUCUAAUUAUAUAUUGCCAGGCGGUAAAAUUUCCAGGCCUUUCAACUCUGACUCCACCAGGAUCUGGCAGAGGAAAAGAGAGAAAGAGCAGGAAGUAUAUUUUUGGUGCCAAUCCUGGCAAAAUGAGCCCAGGGGAGUCCAUUACACUUGUUAAAGGAUCUGGAAAAGGCUCUUUAGACAACAUGCGACUCAGCUGGGAGGAAUCCUCUGCUUCAUUGUCUCCUCCUCCUGUUCCUCUUCCCUCUUCUACACUUAGUCCAAAUACUUCACUGAGUGCAAUUAUUCGAACACCUAAAUGCUAUCAUAUCUCUUCUGUCAAUGAGAAUGCAGCAAAACGUCUCUGUAGGAGAUAUUCACAGAAGCUAAUUCAGCACACUACUUGCCAGCUACUGAGAACAUACCCAGCUGCAACAAGAAUUGACUCUUCAAAUCCACAUCCUCUUAUUUUCUGGCUGCAUGGGAUUCAGCUGGUGGCACUGAAUUAUCAAACAGAUGACCUUCCCAUGCAGCUGAAUGCAGCAAUGUUUGAGGAAAAUGGUGGUUGUGGAUAUGUUUUAAAGCCACCAGUUCUCAGAGACAAAAGCUGCCCAAUGUACCAGCAGUUCUCACCUUUAGAAAGAGAUGUUGAGAGUAUGGGUCCUGCUGUUUUCUCUUUAAUUAUUAUUUCUGGGCAGAAUGUCUGUCCUGGUAACACAUCAGGGAGCCCCUGUGUAGAAGUAGAUGUACUUGGAACUCCAGCUGACAGUUGCCACAUGAGAACCAAACCUAUUCAUCGCAACACCUUAAAUCCUAUGUGGAAUGAACAAUUCCUUUUCCAUGUCUACUUUGAGGAUCUGGCUUUUAUUCGCUUUGCAGUAGUUGAAAAUAACAGCUCUGCUGUCACUGCUCAACGCAUAAUUCCAUUGAAGGCACUAAAAAGAGGGUACAGGCAUUUACAGCUGAGAAAUCUUCACAAUGAGCCGCUGGAAGUAUCAACGCUGUUUAUUUACAGUAGGAGGACAGAAGAGAAUCCUAAUGGGACAACUGUACCUACUUCAUCCUUGUUUAGAUCUGAAGAAAAACAAGCUACUUCCAUCAAAGUAACAGUUCAUGGGGUGCCAGGCCCUGAGCCUUUUAUUGUCAUCACUGUGAAAGAAAAGGCAACAGCCAGAGAACUCAUUGAACAAGUACUUCUAAAGAAAAGCUCAAUAUCUGAUGCUAAUGAUUACUAUCUGCUGGAAGAGAAAGUAUUUCUCCAAAAGGAUAAGAGUGAAUGCAAAAAGCAACCAUUUCAGCGUGUCCUUGGGCCCGAGGAGGAAGUGGUAAAAGUAAUCGACAGUUGGUUUCCAGAAGAAGGCUACAUGGGAAGAAUCAGUCUGAAAACUAAGGAGGAUAAUCUCAAUCAGAUAAACUCUGUCACAGAAUUGCUGGAGGAUUAUAAUUCCAGUGCAGAAGAAGACAGCUUCUAUGUUCAGGUGCACGAUGUCUCACCAGAACAGCCACGCACAGUCAUCAAAGCUCCAAGGAUGAGCACCGCACAGGACAUCAUUCAGCAGACACUCAGUAAGGCUAAAUAUUCAUACAGCAUCCUAAACAACCCCAAUCCAAAUGAUUAUGUACUUGUGGAGGAGGUCAUGAAAGAGCCUGUCAGUAAGAGGGCAUCAGCAUCCAAGCCCUCCCAGCGCAUACUCUUUGAUAAUGAGAGUGUUUUCCGUGCUCAAAGCAAGUGGAAAGGAGCAGGCAAAUUCAUUCUCAAGCUCAAAGAGCAGGUUCAGACUGUGCGGGAUGACAAGAAGAAGUGCAUUUCUUUUGCUAGUGAACUGAAGAAAUUAACCAAAUCAGGAAAACAAAACCGAAGCUCUUUGGGUCCAGCAACACCGACAUCUGCUGACAACGGUCAGAGUAAGGAUGAGAAAACUGCAUGCAGUGUGCUGUUCAGUGAGGUUGCCGAAUAAAGUCACUGACAUUUUCUUUCCGUCGUUUUCAGGCCAGUGUCAAGACGGACUUGAAGGCCUAGCGGAAAUCAGCGGAAGAGCUGCAGGAAGGAUAAACUGGCAUGUCAGUGCAAACUCUUCUUCUACGUGGUCAUUCCCUCUACUCAGGAACUGGAAAUUACACAAGUGAUGCUGGGAG